GCAAAGACAUGAAGGCAAGCGAAAUACUUAAAAAGGAAAUAACCUACAAGUGGGCGGAAGAGAUUGUAAAGGAAAUAGAAGACGAAACAAUACUAAUACUAAAAUAUGACAUCGUACUAAACAUAUGGAUUGACGAAAUAAACAAGCUAAUACCAAGCAUAAGAAUUAAAAAUGCAUGCAGCAGAAUGACCUGCCCCAAGACAUGCCCGGUGUGUGUGGGUAUAAUUAACCUGAUAAAAACACCAAGUAUUCCCCUAUGUAUAAGCUGUAAGUCUAUAAAACUGCUAUAUGUAAAGGUGAAAGAGAUCAGAUGCCACCCAAUAAAGAGCCUAACCAUAGAUAGAAGCGUAAUGUGUUUUAUCAGGGAGCUAGAAGAUGUAAAUAUAAUAGACGCAAACAAUACAACAGUAUUUUUGUCUCCUAAAAUAUACGAAUUCAUUGAGAAAAUAGACAAAGAGUAUAAAAACCCAGUACUUAUUGUAAGAAUGCUAAAAUACCUGGAGUAUGAAAAGUCUGAAAGAAAAGACAAUAACAUGGAUGAAGUCAUUCACGGACUAACGGCCAGUUUUUUAGUCGAUCCAAACUACAUCGAAACAACAAGAAUGAAUCUAUACCGGCAAAAUAACAUUGAGAAGAAAAAAGGCAUGUGAUAACAGCGCAGUUAUUUUCUGUAUCAAUAAGACUUGUAAUUCUAUUUUGCCGGUCUAUACGCAUGGAAUAUAUUGCAAUAAUAAUAAAACUCUCCU